AUGGCAAAAACCACAAAGCUCAUCCUCUCUACGGGGUAUACCUCUCUCUCAGUCGCACACCUUCAAUCACCAGCACAGCAACUGACAUCGCCCAGGAACAUUGUCUCGGAUGGCCCGUCCAUCGUUCGCCGGUCCUGCUCACCGCGCGCCAAAAACAACCCAGAACUCAUCAGCUCCCUUCGCAGCAGCUUCCACUCAGCCCAGCAAGAAUACGCCGCAUCACUUCUCCGCGACACACCCUCCGCAACGCCCAAUGGCUCCUCCUCCUCCCUCCCCGCAGCCAUAACCUCCUCCAACCGUCCCCCAACCUCAGCCUGGACCUCUGAACAAGACAACGUCCUCUACAUACCGCGCAUCGACCCUCCGACGGGCCUCUCCGAACCUCCCCAGCACUACAACCUCACCGCGAAAAUCUUCUUUCUGCCCAACACCCCUGUCCAGUCCCGAAUGUCCUACGCCCGCGAAGCCCUCUCCCUUGUGCUUCAAGAACUCUUCCCCGCACAAUCCGUCGAUCUGCUAGUUGUCUCAUUCCCGGGACUCUCCUUCACCGCCGACUGCGAGUGGGAAGCCGAUCGGCUGAAUGCCCUGCAGGGCAACGACGCUGAGGAGCUUGCCACAUGGCCUGCUGUGGAAGAGCUCCAUCGGUCUGGGCUGGCAAGGGAGUUGGGCGUGGCAGAGUUUGGCAGUGAGAAGUUGGCGAGGUUCCUGGAGAAGGUGACGGUCCGGCCGAAGGUGAACCAGGUGAAUCUGAGGAAUUGCUGUAACGUACCGCCGCCGCUGGCGAAGCUGGCGAAGGAGCAAGGGAUUGAGUUGUUGGUACACGGGGAUGCGACGGAGGUUGUGACGAGGGAGACGCUGGAGGAGGUUUUGGGGGAUGCUGGGGUAAUCGGGGAGAAGGAGGAGGUAUGGCCACUUUGGGUGGUCAAGUACACGGCGGUCGUGAGGGACCGCGGGGUGAUUGAGAAUAAAGGGUAUUUUGUGGGCGCGGAGCUUGUGAGGCGGGAAUAG